AUGGUUGCAAUUUCUAAGGCAAUGAAUGCCGGUCUUCUUUUGGUUGGUCAGGGUGUCUAUGCCCCUCUUGCAUCACCUCAACAAUCAGCCACUGAUCAAUACAAUAUUGUGCGAUUCUUGGGUGGUCAAGGGCCAUAUGUUCAAAGAGAAGGGUCUGGUAUUAGCAAUGAGUUUCCAUCUCAAUGUACUAUUGAACAGGUCCAAUUGUACAGCAGACAUGGCGAAAGAUACCCAUCCCGGAACUUAGGGUCAAAAAUGAAUGCCACUUACCAUAAGAUCACCGAAUUAAAGGGAACCUUAAAGGGUGAUUUGGCUUUGUUCAACACUGAAAAAUACUUUGUACAAGAUUCUUAUUGGUAUGACAGAGAAACCAGUCCUGACAAUGCUGCUUAUAUCUUCUCAGGUACGGGGGAUGCUCAAAGACACGGUUCGUAUUUCAGAUCCCGGUACAACGAGUUGUUUAAUGAAUCAUCUGUGUUGCCAGUGUUCACCUCCAACUCUCAAAGAUGUUAUCAAACUGCUGAUUAUUUUGCUAGAGGGUUUUUGGGUGACGCUUAUAGUGACAAGACUGCGCAAAUGUAUGUGAUCUCUGAAGAUGCUUCCCAAGGUGGUAACUCUUUGACCCCUCGUUAUGCUUGUAACGACUACAAAAAGGACCUUAACGACGAUAAGGUUUCCAAGUUUAACGACUCCUUCUUGGAUGACAUCAUUACCAGAUGGAAGAAGGAGAAUCCUGAUCUCAACAUCACGAAGUCCGAUGUUUCCAACAUGUUUGCCUAUGUUGCAUACGAAAUGAACGUCAAGGGUUACUCCACGGUUGCUAAUUUGUUCACCAACGAGGAGUACAUCAAGUACUCGUAUAAAUACGAUCUUCAUGAAUAUUACACCAAUGGUCCCGGUAACAACUUGACUAUUAGUAUUGGAAGUGAUAUGGCUUUGGCUUCCUUAGAAUUGUUAAAGGAUACAACCACUCAGCAAAAGAUCUGGUUAUCUUUCACACACGAUACCGACUUGGAAAUUAUGCAUUCUGCCCUCGGAUUAGUAGAACCAACAACGGACUUGCCUAUUGACCAUAUUGUUUUCCCAUCUCCUUAUAGUCAUGCUUCUAUUGUUCCACAAGGGGCCAGAAUUUAUGUUGAAAAAUUGAGUUGUUCCGGUGAAUCUUAUGUUCGUUUCAUUGUUAAUGAUGCAGUUGUUCCGGUUCCAGGUCUUGGAUCUGGUCCGGGCUUCUCUACCAAGUUGUCAGAUUACGAAACUUACUUGAAAGACAGGUUGGCUAAAUUCAAUUACGUCAAGACCUGUGGUAUUGAUUCGAAUGUUCCAUCAAACAUCACCUUCUACUGGGAUUAUGAAACUAAUGUUUUCACUAAUGGUACUUCAAAGUACAAUGCUCCGCUCUUUAUUGGUUAA